UGAAACUUUGCGGUUAACAGGAAGGAGCCUACCCUACAACGCCCAGAGUAGACAGAACAACAAGACAACUUACAUGCGCGUCCAUCACAAUUACAAGCGCAUGACCAAUGAUGCAAAUUGAGUGGUGACGUAAUUUAGCGACUUCUAGUGACUUUUAGGACAGCCAAUAGCUACUUUACUUACUGAGGAGUUGGCAACACUGAGGAAGUAUCCUCCUCUACAACGCCCAGAACAUGAAACAGACCAAAGAAAGUAGGAGGAAGAAAGAGCACCAUUGUAGACGGCACAACAAGACAACUUACAUGCGGGGGAGGAGACUGACUGUUUUAUAUCAUGGAUCAGACUCCUCAGUCCCUCGUUCCAGCCCAGGACUCUGGUCCGCUGUCCUCCAUUACGGCUCAGCCUGCCCCACCACAGUCCUCCAUUACGGCUCAGCCUGCCCCACCACAGUCCUCCAUUACGGCUCAGCCUGCCCCACCACAGUCCUCCAUUACAGCUCAGGGUGGUUCUGUUGUUGUUGCACCCCAACUUGUUGGCUGCAAUGUCGGAGGUUCAGUUUAUGAAAACAUCAGUGUUACUAUGCCUUCACAUGGUGCUGAUGAAGAUCUGCAAAAAGUCAAGGGCAAACACAAGUCCAACAUGAAGAAGAAGUUUGGGAGCAUCUUUGAGAGGCUUGGAAAACGGGGAAACCCAACAUUGCUGGACAAUAUUUACACCGAGCUCUACAUCACAACUGGGGAGAGUGAAGGGGUUAAUAAAGAGCAUGAGGUAUGGCAGAUUGAAGAUACGGCUCGGACCAAAGCAUUUCAAGACCAUGCAAUCAACUGCAAUGACAUCUUUAAAUCUUUAGACCCUAAGACAGAGGAACAUAAUGACAAAUCCCAAUCCAAACAAGCGGUACCCGUCAGAACUGUGCUGACAAAGGGAAUCGCUGGCAUUGGAAAAACGGUCUCAGUGCAGAAGUUCAUCCUUGACUGGGCAGAAGGAAUAGCCAAUCGGGAUGUAGAUUUUGUCUUCGCACUUCCAUUCAGGGACUUGAAUUUCAUCAAAGAUGACUACAAUCUCUUGGAGCUCCUGAGUGACUUCCACCCUGAACUAACAGAUAUCAAGGAUGCAAAGAAGGUGGUCGACUGCAAAGUCGUGUUCAUCUUGGAUGGUCUGGAUGAAAGCCAACUUCCACUGGAUUUCCAUAACAACAAGAGGUUGUCUAAUGUAACCAAGACAACAUCAGUGGAUGUGCUGCUGACAAACCUCAUCAAGGGGAAUCUGAUUCCUUCUGCUCUCCUUUGGAUAACCUCCCGACCAGCAGCAGUUGAUAAGAUACCCUCCGACUGUUUUGACCGUGUAACAGAAGUUCGGGGAUUCAACGACCCACAGAAAGAAGAAUACUUCAAGAAGAGAUUCAGUGAUGAUGAGAACCUGUCCAGCAAAAUCAUCUCACACAUAAAGACAUCGAGGAGUCUCUUCAUCAUGUGCCACAUUCCAGUCUUCUGUUGGAUUACUGCCAUGGUUCUUGGGAAAAUGUUGAGUGAAAAUGACCAUGGAAAAGUCCCUAAAACUCUGACUGAGAUGUACAUUCGUUUCCUUCUCACUCUGACAAGCAUGAAGAACAAGAAAUAUAAUGGGAAAAACGAACCAGAUCCUCGUAUUCUGUCAGAGUCUGACGUACAGAUAAUUCUGAAGCUUGGAAAACUAGCCUUCCAAAACUUGGAAAAAGAGAAUCUGGUGUUUUCUGAAGACGAUCUGAGAGGGUGUGGCAUUGAUGUCAAAGAAGGCUUCUUGCUCUCAGGGAUGUGCACAGAGCUCUUCAGAGAGGAGGACCCAAUGUUUAGAGCAAACAAGUACAGCUUUGUGCAUCUCAGCAUUCAGGAGUUCUUCGCUGCACUCUAUGUUGCCUACCUCUUUGUCAGUGAAAAUGUCAACCCCGUUUGCAUCAAGAGAGAACAGGCUACCAAGAUCGAAUUACGGGUAUUUUGGAGAAGAGGUUCUCAGCAGCAGCAGAAAACACUGCAUGACUUGCAGAGGAGUGCGGUGGAUGAAGCUUUGAAGAGCAAGACCGGUCAUCUAGACCUCUUCCUCCGCUUCCUUCUGGGCAUCUCACUGGAGUCCAAUCAGAUCCUCUUGAAAUGCCUACAGCUCCAGACAGAGGGAGACAAAGAGAGUAUCCAGAAUACCAUCCAAUACAUCAAAGACAAGCUCUCAGACGAAAAACAAAGACAAUAUCCCUCCCCAGAGAGGUGCAUCAAUCUCUUCCACUGUUUGAUUGAGUUGAACGAUACCUCAUUUGUAAAUGAAAUUCAAAGGUUCUUGACAUCCAAAAACCCUGCUGAGAAGAAGCUGACGCCUGCACAGUGCUCGGCGAUGGCAUACGUACUCUUGAUGUCAGAGGAAGUGUUGGACAAACUGGACGUGAGAGAGUACAACACGUCAGAUGAGGGGCGUAAGAGGCUGGUCCCUGCUGUUCGAUGCUGCCGAAAGGCUAUACUAGCGGACUGCCGCCUUACAACGAGUUGCUGUGAAACGGUGGCAUCUGCACUACAGCUGCCCGACUCCCAGCUGAGAGAGCUGGACCUCAGCGGCAACGCCCUGUUGGACCUGAAGUCCCUCUCUGUUGGACUGAGGAGUCCCAACUGCCGACUGGAGUCACUUAACCUUAGCCAUAUCAACAUGGGAAGAUCGGGACCAGAGCUUCUAAAGGCUGUGCUGAUGGGUGCUCACAGCCAGCCACUUGUGUUGAGACUCACCAGUUGUGAUCUCAAAGAUGACGUUUGUGAAACCGUUGCCUCGGCUCUCCAGGCAGCUGGCUCCUGUUUGACAGAGCUGGAUCUCAGCUACAACAAACUGACAGACACAGGGGUGAAGCAGAUCUCCAGUGGUCUUAUGAGUCCACACUGUAACCUGAAGAUACUGAGACUGACUGGUUGUGGGGUUACAGAGGAGUCCUGUGGAGGUUUGUCCUCUGCUAUAGCAGUCUCUCAGCUCGAGGAACUACGUCUGGGCUGCAACAAACUGGGAGACUCUGGAGUAAAGCUGCUGUCUGCUGGACUGAUGGAUCCACACUGUCAGAUACAGACUCUGGGGCUAAGGGAGUGUAAUCUCUCCAGACGUUCCUGUGUCUCCCUGGCUCCUGUCCUGUGGUCAUACUCAGUACUGAGAGAGCUGGACCUGAGAGACAACAGCCUGUGGUACUCUGGAAUGAGGCUCCUCUCUGCUGGACUGAGGAACCCCAACUGUGCCUUACAGACUCUUAGGCUUUCUGGUUGUCUAGUCACAGAGAAAGGCUGUACGUUUCUUGCCUCUGCUCUGGAGUCAAAUCCCUCCCACCUGAACGAACUGGACCUGAGCUUCAAUCACCCAGGAGACUCCGGAGUGAAGCUGCUCUCUGCUAGACUGGAGGAUCCACACUGUAGACUGGAGAAACUCAGUUUGGACCAUGGUGGAGAGUCCAGAAUCAAACCAGGCCUGAGGAAAUAUGCCUGCCAGCUCAAGCUGAACUGUAUGUCAGCAGAUUUUGACCUGACUCUGUCCGAGGACAACACGAGGGUGGUGAGGAGAACACAGGUUAACCGAUAUCCUUAUUUUGAUUUCUCGGAUUCAGAUGACUCAGAUCGGACAGAAAAGUUGGAUAAGUGGGCCAAAGUACGCUGCAGGGAGCCCCUGUCUGAUGGUCGUUUCUACUGGCAGGUUGAAUGGACUGGCUGGGUUGACAUUGGGGUGACAUAUACAUCCAGAUCGGUUACUGAGAAGAAGAGGUCUUGGGGGCUUUUCUGCUGCAAUGAACAGUACACAUUUAGUCAUAAUAUCAGGAUCUCAGUUGUGCCAGUACCCAGGCUGGACCCAAAGUGUAUAGGAGUGUAUCUGGACUUUCCGGCCGGCGCUCUGUCCUUUUACAGCGUCUCCUCUGGUACACUGACCCACCUGUACACAUUCCACACCACGUUCACUGAGCCCCUUUACCCUCAGUUCAAAAUCAUGUGUGAUGAGAGGGAGAUAUUUGGCUCAGUUAAAAUCCAAACUCUGUGAAUGAAAGCAGCCAUCACCAGAGUAACUGAGACACAUUUUUUAUUAAUUUUAUUUCUGUAAUUAGAUUUAGUAUGUGUUUUUUGGGGGGAGAUUUUAAUUGAACUUUAUAUAUACCCAGGUGGGAAAUCGAAAUGGUAUAGUCACACAUUGAUGAUGUAAAUAAUGAUUAAUGUCAAAGUUUUAUAUGGAACUGAGAGUCAUGUUGUUGUGUCUCUGUCUGAUAUCAAGUGAUGAAGAUGACAUCCACCUGCCUCAUCACUCAGAGUGAUGACAUCAACCUGUCUCAUCACAAAUACAUCUUCACUCAGAGAGAUGACAUUUACAUUUUAGUCAUUUAGCAGACGCUCUUAUCCAGAGCGACUUACAGUUAGCACAUACAUUAUUUUA